GCUGAAUUAUGCUGAAUUGAAAACUCGAACAGCAAAAUUAAAAAAUUCUAAAUUUGAAAAAUAAAAUAAGUUGAUAAAUAAGAAAAGAUCUCACUAAUUAUUGAAAAUGAAACAAGGUAGCAAACAUAUCAAAAUACCUGAAAAAGAGCCUAAAUUAUUUACGGUAGAAAAGGUUUUAAAGAAACGUAUUCGCAAUGGAAAAACCAAAACUGAAGAACUAAAAGAACCUGAUUUCAUUAUUGGUGGAACGCUUUUAAAAUCAAAAAAAGUCGUUUUGUUGGUGAAAUGGGAGGAUAACAAAAUUGAUUUGGUUUCCUACGACUUUGUCAAAAAGAAAUGGCCAAUCAAACUUAUCGAAUAUUUUGAAAAACAUCUUGAAUUGAUAGAAUCAUAA